AUGCGGCUUGAACAUGAUGAUGAGGGCCUUGCGGAAGAGUGGAUGCGCCUAAUGACUGAUGAUGGGAAAUUCCAUGUUUUAUACCAUAUGGGGCUCAAUCUCCUUGUCGCAAAUGUUCAGAGUCAAAGCAAGGACGCCCCUCCAGAGGUCGCUACUUGGUCCAGAAUGAAACGUGCAGCCGCCCGCCUCCUGCGGAUCUCGAACAGCCACAAGAAGCUUACAGAGGUCCGUGACGACGCAGAGGACGACUUCCGCUGCGAGCUCCGGCAUUUGCCUACCAAUGAACAGAAGAGGUACUGGCUGAACUACUGCGGCCUAUAG